GAAAUCAGUCAGUGGCGAUCGUGGGUGGUGAAGAGUCCACGAUUCUCGGUCCGGCCUCGCGGCGUUACGAACACGUUGCUGCUAUUUCGAAACAUUUACUCACCCAUAUACAAAUAUAUACGUCACCAUAAUAUUCACAAUAUACCUGCUUACGAACACCGUGACGACGUAGUACGAUCCAUAUUCGAAUUUAUCAGCAUACAAAAAAACUGUCGUUGCGUAUAUUUCUCAGUCCAGUGAACCCUGGACUCGGAAAUUUCGGUUUUUCCUCAUACUCGUCACUCAACCGUCAAAUUAUGUUACGAAAUAAAAAUACGUUCGAAAAUGAAUGCUCGGUGAAUCAGUGUAAACGAGAUUCGAAUGUACAUGAAUAUCUUUACACCUAGCGUUGUGUGAGAAGUCUUUGUUGCUUUUUCUAAGUCAAGGUGAGCGUUGAAAAAAAAAAAAAAACAAAUGAAUAUGUCGAGAGCGGGAUAAUCGGAAACGGUGAGUGAGGAACGGUCGAAUACCAAAAUGUCUCGUUCUCGAAGAAUCCUCUUUUACGUUGCACCGUAAUAAGAUUCGAGGCUCGUGAAAGUAUUGCUGCUUCCCGUUGGUAUUUGGAACGAUACGAAACACUUUCGAAAAAGCAGCCGAAAAUCGUCGGGCUCGGGGACUAAUGUGUGUGUGCUGUGUAAAUCCGUAUGAUACGAAUAAACACAUACAAGGAAGUGAAGAUAAAUCGUCGUGUUACAUCAGUUCGGAUAUAUUGACAAUAAAUGUACGAAGAAGCACCGGCUCGUUAGCUUGUAUUAAUGUCAACAAGUUUAUUUAUGUAUACGUACAAAUUUAGCGGAUGGAGGAAAAAAGUGGGGUGUGUUCGUACACGUAAAAAAAUUAGUGCGUCUCGUCAGGUUGAUUAGUUAUUGAAAUUAGUGAAGUUAAUGAAUUGGGUGACGAAACGAAGACGGUAACGCAAAUCGGCCCUGGUGGGGAAAGGGGAACGAGGAUUUUUGGGCGGGUGGGAGGAGGAACGGUGAAAAAGUUAUAUUCAAAAUAGAUUAUCAGGGGACGGAAGAGAUGUACGGUGGGGCCGGUGCAGGGAGUGCGGGCUAUGGGGUUGGCCUGGGCCACGCUCCCCCCGGGCCAUCGCACUACGUUCCCCCGUCCUCGGUCGCUUAUCAAUUGGGCCCACCAGCCCCACCGAGUCUGCCAUCUCCGUCCAUGCAGUCCCCUCAAUGUCAAUUAAUUCCUGGCGAUUCUUCCGCAACUGGGGCUAAUCAAGGCCUCGCUUAUGGGCCCAAUCUCUCGCCACUUCAUUUGCAACAACCACAAAACGAUUCUCCUCAGUCGAAACGGCGAAGGUCCGACGAAGACGAUCCAACCGGCUUGAAGUACAGGAGAAUCGACGACGAAAACGUCCAGGACAAGGAGCGAUUCGCUAGCCGAGAAAAUCACUGCGAGAUCGAGCGUCGUAGAAGGAACAAAAUGACCGCUUACAUCUCGGAACUCUCGGAAAUGGUGCCUACCUGUUCGACCUUAGCAAGGAAACCAGACAAACUCACCAUUCUUAGGAUGGCUGUUGCUCACAUGAAACAAUUGCGAGGAACCGGCAACACCAGCGGCGAUGGAACUUACAAACCGUCCUUUCUCACCGACCAAGAACUCAAGCAUCUGAUUCUCGAAGCCGCGGAUGGUUUUCUCUUCGUAGUCAGCUGCGAUACCGGACGAAUAAUUUAUGUCUCGGACUCGGUUGCUCCGGUAUUGAAUUAUUCUCAGAGCGAUUGGUACGGGACGACACUUUACACGCAGGUUCAUCCCGACGACACGGAAAAAGUUCGAGAACAAUUGAGCGCCGCUGAACCACAGCAUGCCGGAAGAGUUCUCGAUCUCAAGACCGGCACGGUUAAGAAGGAAGGCCACCAGUCUUCGGUGCGAUUGAGUAUGGGCUCAAGAAGAGGUUUCAUAUGCCGCAUGAGAGUCGGUAGCCUUCAAACAAGCGGUGACAUGGCCGCCGCGCAAGGUCUUCAUCGCAUGAAGCAGCGAAACUCACUGGGACCACCGGCGCGGGAUGGACAGAGUUACGCGGUUGUUCACUGCACGGGGUAUAUAAAAAAUUGGCCCCCCACCGGUGAGUUCGGUGAUUUUGUUCCCCCAUGUAUACCAGGUGUGGGCUUAGGUGACAGGGGCCCCGUUGGAGCUCUCACUGGGCCUGACGGUGUCACCGGCGAUGAGAACGUCGCGACGCACUGCUGCUUAGUAGCCAUCGGACGACUUCAAGUCACUAGUACACCAAACACCAACGAUUUAGCAGGCUCCAAUAGUAAUAGCGAAUUUAUAUCUCGCCACUCGACCGAGGGCAAAUUCACAUUCGUCGAUCAAAGAGUCGGCGGGAUUCUCGGAUAUACACCGUCCGAGCUCCUUGGACACUUGUGCUACGAUUUCUUCCACGAAGAAGAUUUGCCGCACAUGCAAGAGAGUUUCCAACAAGUGUUGAAACUCAAGGGACAAGUUAUAUCAGCUGUAUAUCGAUUCCGAGCCAAAAAUCGCGAUUGGGUGUGGCUAAGGACGUCAGCUUUUGCAUUCUCUAAUCCCUGUACUCAGGACGUCGAAUAUAUCGUUUGCACGAAUACAACUGCAAAAUCGCUUCAUGGCGGUGGUGAAACACAAAUCGAGAGCGAAGCCGUACCAACGUAUGGCCAGCCAGGCUUGGAUUAUUCUUUACAACGACACGCAUCCCGUGACACAAUGUAUCCGUCGCAUCACAUGAUGCAACAUCCGGCUGCAGUUGCCACCGCUGGACCUCAACAACCAAGACCAGCGAGUACACAAAAUGUUUAUCAGGGAUACGAAACGACGCAGUCACCGAUCGCUUAUGGUUCACCUGGACAACAAACCGCCUCAUCUUCCGUCUUGAGCCGAAUGCAAAAACCGGCUAAUACUUCGCCGACUCCCGUGCAACAAGCGUGGGCGAUGAGCCGACAACCGGUCACUGAGGGUUAUCAGUAUAGUCAGUUGAGUCCAUCGAGGUCUCCUGGUGGACCUACGUAUACGCAACUUAGUAGCGGAGCUCGAACGCCGGCAACGCAAUAUCAUUCAGUCACGACAGUGCCUAAUAAUCCUGGUAUGUGGGCCUGGCAGAGCCAGCAGCAUCAAGCGCCUCAGCAAGACGGUGGACAAACGAACAAUCAAGUAGCUGGACAGCAGCCUCAAUCGAGUCACGGCGCUCAGGGUGGUCCGGGUUCUCAGCCCCAGGAGCUUUCGGACAUGUUGCAAAUGUUACAAGACCAAGGUGGUGCGCCAGGUUUCGAAGAACUGAACAUGUUUACUACGAAUUUCGAGUAGGCUGGUGUUUCGUUUGAGGAAAGAACAAAAAUUAUUGACGCGGCGAAGCAACCGGGUCUGGUGAAAUCGUGAAACGUUUUUAUAGGUGAAAAAUUCGUAAUGUUUCCAUCACCCUCCUCGAAAGUUAUUACUUUGACGCACAAUGUUCAACUUCUGCACACGAGAUUUAAAGCGAUAUUUGUGAGGAUGUAAAACUAUCUUUUCCCCCGUACAAAACAAAACGCAAAAACAAUCGCGACUUUUGUCACAGAAUUAGCAUUUUAAGGAGCGCUCCAUAACGUAUUUAUUUCUAUUCGUGAUUUGAUUUUAAUACAAAAGGACAGAAUGAAAUAAUGAGAAGCGGAUUAAUGCGGAUUCGUGCACAUCCACAUUACGAUUCGAUCGAAAUACACUACGCAGAUAGACGUAACGAAAAAUCAACGUACAGAUUGUUUUUUUUUUUUUUAAUAAAUAUACAUAUAUAAAUUCAUAUAUAUAUUUUAGAAAGCCGAGCAAGUGUCUGGAGAAAUGCACAUUGAAUUUAUGGUUAAAGGCUCUAAAAUUAGUUUCCUCGAAGUUGAGUCCGCUCGACCUCCUUUUGGACUGUAAAUUUAAGUGAAAUUCGAUCAAUUUCUCCCCCUCCGAAUUGUCUUAGUGAAUAUGUAUAUCAAUGUGCUUGAACUCGUGAAUUUUUAAACUCGUGUCCUAAACGUUAUAUUUUUUGUUUUUUUGGGUUUUUUUUUCUUAAUAUGUAUUAUUAUUAAUUACUUCUAUUGCCGGAUUCAAAGGGCUUUAUUGAUUGCGAUCGAUUGUACCCACCUCUCAAAAUUGCACGCAAAAUUUCUGGAAUCGAAACUGAACGCCGUAUUCUUUGUUUGAAGAUUCGUUGAAGAACUUCGAGCCCAUCGCUGAGUAUCGUAAUUUUAAUACAAGCUUAUUACUAGAUAUUUAAGUACUAGCGUAAUUAAUUUUCAAUUGAACAGAACGAUGGAAGAUAAAAGAGAGGAAAGAAAAGAAAUGAAUCUUUUAAUAAUAAACAGUGCAAUCAUCAAUCAAAAAUCGCUUCGACGAAUAUUGUUCAAACAUGACAAUGUACAAAAUUUUUUGCUUCAAAACACCAGUUUUAGACUUUUCUUAAUGAGGAACAAGAAUUUCGAAAUAAAUAUACAUAUAUAUGUAUGUAUAUUGAAAUGACGUUACCGCCUACGAAUGUAAUUUUAUUGAUAAGUGACUGUACGCAAUUCUUCCAAAUGCGUGCACGUUCAGCGUUUGAUUAUUUUUCAUUUAUUUUUUGAACCAAGUAAAAACGUCAGUGAAAACAAUGUACGUAGCAUAUCAUAAUGUGAAUGAAGGAAAAAAGAAAAAGAAUGGAAAACGAUCAACUAUGAAAAGAAUUUUUUCACUAAUAUACGGAUUACACAAAAUGAAAAAGUUUUGGGGAAAAAAGGUAUCCCUUUUCUGUACAAGACCGAUGAAUAUGACGAGUCAAUGUUCCAAAUCGUGGCGUUGCAAAGAAUAUAGAAACAAAAACAA